GGCGGCGGCCUGGGCCCUGAGGAGAGCCAGCGGACCGUGGACCCCGCGCCUGGGACCGCGCCUCCUCUGGUAAUGACAGCGCACUUGUCCGUGACCGGGGUGGGUAGCACGCUGGCCCGCCCUGAGCCUGACUGCAUGCCGGCGCAGCGCCAAGCCCUGAUCGCGUGAAGUGCUGUCAUUGCCCCCUUUCCCGGCCAGUGAAACCGAGGCCCACGUUGGUGGUUGGCCGAGGUCUCCAGUUAGCGCCCAGCCGCGGUUUGAACAGCUCGUGGUCAGUCCGGGUGUCUCCCGGACCACGCUGCCACCAUGGCCCCUUCCCGGACUCUGCUGUGUUGCUCACGCCUGCCGUGUCUCUCCAGUUUGCCCCCCAUGGCAGGGAACGGGGAGGCGCUGGCACCGGCGGGGGCCAGGCAGGAGCAGGGCACAAAGGCCUGCAGCGGCUGGCGGGGCGCGGCCAGGACCUGGGAGGAAACGGCGCAGCAGGCCAAGAAGCUAAAGAGCAGCGAGGACGGGGAGCCGCCCCGCAAGCUGCCCAAGAGGAAGAUUGUGCUGCUCGUGGCCUAUUCCGGGAAGGGCUACCACGGCAUGCAGAGGAAUGCUGGGUCCUCGCAAUUCAAGACCAUUGAAGAUGACCUGGUGUCUGCCCUGGUCCGGUCGGGCUGUAUUCCUGAGAAUCAUGGGGAAGACAUGAGGAAGAUGUCCUUCCAGCGCUGUGCUCGGACAGACAAGGGGGUGUCUGCGGCCGGCCAGGUCGUGUCCCUCAAGGUGUGGCUGGUCGACGACAUUUUAGACAAGAUCAACAGCCACCUCCCAUCUCAGAUCCGGAUACUGGGGCUGAAGAGGGUCACGGGCGGCUUCAACUCCAAGAACAAGUGCGACGCCAGGACCUACUUCUACAUGCUGCCCACAUUUGCCUUCGCGCACAAGGACCACGACGUGCAGGAUGAGACCUACCGGCUGAGCGCGGACACCCUGCGGCACGUGAACCGGCUCCUCGCCUGCUACAAGGGCACCCACAACUUCCACAACUUCACCUCGCAGAAGGGGCCCCGGGAGCCCAGCGCCCGGCGCUACAUCCUGGACAUGUUCUGCGAGGAGCCCUUCGUGCGGGAGGGCAUGGAGUUCGCGGUGAUCAAGGUCAAGGGCCAGAGCUUCAUGACGCACCAGAUCCGGAAGAUGGUGGGCCUGGUGGUGGCCAUCGUCAAGGGCUACGCGCCCGAGAGUGAGCUGGAGCGCAGCUGGGGGGAGGCCAAGGUAGACGUGCCCAAGGCGCCCGGGCUCGGCCUGGUGCUGGAGCGUGUGCACUUUGAGAAGUACAACCAGCGCUUCGGCCGCGAUGGGCUGCACGAGCCGCUGGACUGGGCGCGGGAGGAGGCGGAGGCCGCGGCCUUCAAGGAGCAGCACAUCUACCCCACCAUCAUCAGCACCGAGCGCCACGAGAGGUCCAUGGCCCAAUGGCUGAGCACCCUGCCCGUGCACAACUUCAGCGCCACCACCCUCGCGGCGGCUGGCCCAGACACCAAGGUCCCCAGCCCCCUGGAAGGCAGUGAAGGGGACGGAGACAGUGACUGAGGCACGGCCACCCCCCGGAGUGUCUUGGAGUUGGCCCACAACUCCUGCACCAGGACCCACCAGCCUGCUGUUGGCUGUUUGCCUCGGCCAGACAGGAGAGCCUGCUGGUGGCCUCCCAACCUCAGGAUCUUGAGACCUGCGUCAUUUUGUUUUCGUCAGGGGGAAAACCUGCUGCGAAUCUAUUUUCAGCCCAUGCGGAUCUGUAUACACCUCGGCGUGUAAAAACACUAUUUUUUUAAAGAAGCGAUUUUCUUAUUAAAGAAGCACAAACUUUGCUUAGUCA